UGUAGUCCCGCGGCCUUCCGUGCGCCCAGCCGAGCCGUUUCCAAGCGGGCCCGAGCCGGGGGGCUCCCAAGGCAGCGGGUGGGGGGUCGAGCGGGGUCUUCCUGGCCCGGAGGGGCCGAUCCUGCCUGGAGGGGGCGCGAUUGCCCCUCCCCCACCCCCUCCCCCUCCCCGAGACCCCCGGAGGCUCCCCCCCCCUUUGGAUGUCGUAGGGUCGCAGCGGAGUGUGUGUUUGUGUCACGCAACCGUCGUAAAUACGAGUCAGUAGCCGAGCGUCAAGCCUUUUGUGACCGUCCGAUGGGCUGAGUCGAUGGGGUGUAAGCCCAAUUCACUUAAUGACCAACAACUGCAGGGAUGUGUUUGAACGAAGGCAGCGCUGGGAGGUCGUACAAUGGAGCAGUGUUCCGCCUGGUUUAGCGGCUAACAAGUGGGGCUUCCGUUGGCGGUCAUAGGUUCGAGGACCACCCACAUUCCAAAAGGGAAACCAGGUGCCAGCGCGGGGUGGGGACCCCUCUCUCCAUUUGGCGCCCGGGCACUGGUGUGGCUGGACAGGACGGGACGACGCCAUGCGUGAGAAUCACGCCACCGCAAUCGCUCUGGGCGCCCCGCUCACCAAACCGGAGACGGCCCCACAGGAUGGGGGUCUUUUACCAGCCAAGGGGGCAGCGGAGACGCCCGAUACAGGAUCUGGUCAUCCCGGUUUUGAACAGCCCAUCAAGGCUGACCAGCGGCUGCAGGAAACAACAGAGAGACCCGGUGGGCCAGAAGAGCCAAAGGACCCAGCCAAGAGUUGUCCAGGUGACUGGCUCAUCCGGACGGUGAAAGUGGAAGCCGAGGACUACACGGAGUGGGCGGCCGGGUUGAGCACGGAGGCGCUGCUCUCGGGGCUGCCCCUCGCCAGCGCCUGCAAAUCGGAAGGUCGCGUCCCGGGACCCGAUUACAAGGACGGAGCUGGGCUGGGAGAACUUUCCGGAUUGGCCCUGCAGCAGUGGCAGAUGUUGAGCGAGGACAAGCCGCUGGGCUGUCCACGCUGCGAGCACCCGGCGCCACCACUCGGCGGCAGCCUCGGGGACCCACGCCCACGUCCCUUUGCCUGUCUGCAGUGCGGCAAGGCCUUUGGGAAGAAGGCACACCUGACGCGCCACGCCCGCGUCCACACCGGCGAGCGUCCUUUUGCCUGCACCCACUGCGGUCGCCGCUUCUCGCAAAAGAUUCACCUGGGUUCGCAUGAGCGGGUGCACACCGGGGAGCGCCCCUUUCCCUGUGACCGCUGCCCCAAGAGCUUCCGCAAGAAGACCCACCUGGUGCGCCACCAGCUGACCCACACUGGCGAGCGGCCCCAUGCCUGUGCGCUCUGCCCCCGCAGCUUUGUCCACCGCCGACAUCUGCUGCGCCACCAGCGGCUGCACGAAGAGGAGGUGGCCCGUGUUGGAGACCCUGCAGAGUUGGGACAAGCUGCCCCCUCGUACGGAAAUGGCCUGGAGCUAGGCCUAACGGGGACUGUACCCCCGCCUGGAGAGAACCUGGCUGCCUCCGCCAUCCUGGGACAGAACUGCAGGGUUCAGGGUGACCGUGCACAAGCUAGUUUCCCGUAUGGGCCUGGGAUGGAGCUGGGGAAGUUUCUCCCCUCCUGUGUAGGGCACACGGAGCCCGAUCAGGGCUCCUUCCUCUUUAAGGCUGAGCCGGAGCUGGGUGGGGUCCCAGGUGCAGAGAGGGAGGACCGGCCCCUGGGGGAAGCCUUCCUGGAUCCUGCAAGUUGUAGAGCCCUCUGCGGGGUGCAAACCGCGGAGGGUGCACCGUACUUGGAGCAGGUUGGCAAGAUCGAACCAGAGGACGACGCGGGAGCCAGUCAACCACCGGAAGAGAAGCCGUUCUUGUGCUCCGAUUGCGGGAAAGCCUUUGCCUGGCGGAAGAACCUGGCGUCCCACCAGCGGCUCCAUGCCGAGGGCGGCCGCCCCUUCUCCUGUGCAGAGUGCGGCCGCGGUUUCAGCGAUAAGCGCCACCUAACAGCACAUCUGCGUGGCCACAUGGGCCUCCUGCCCUAUGCUUGUCCUCACUGCGAGCGUAGCUUUGCGCACCGUGCCGGGCUGGCUGCCCACCAGUGUGGGGGCCACACAGGGCAGCGCCCCUUCCCCUGCAACGAAUGUGGCCGCUGCUUCGCCCACAAGCGCCACCUGCAGAGACACUGGCGCAACCAACACUCGGCUGAGCGCCCCUAUGCCUGCGCGCAGUGUGGACGCGCCUUCAGCACCCGGGCCAGCCUGUUGGCGCAUGUCAAAUCCCACGCCGGGCAACGCCCUUUCGCCUGCCCUCUGUGUGGGCGCGCCUUCAGCCGCAAGUCGCACCUCGCCCGCCAUGAGGCUGUGCAUACGGGGCUGCGCCCCCAUGCCUGUACCCAGUGUCCCCGCCGUUUCAGCUCCAAGACCAACCUGGUGCGUCACCAGGCGGUGCACACCGGGCUGCGCCCAUACAUCUGCACCCACUGCGCCCGCAGCUUCAGCCGCAAGACCCAUCUCUUGCGCCACGAGCGCACCCACACAAGCACCCCGCUGCCCAGCACUGCCGGUUGGGUGACCACCUUGCCACAGAGUUCCCUGCUGCAGCCGGCUGAGCAGCGCCCUCCUCUCCUGUUACCCAUGGCUUUGGAAUCUCCCUGGCAGUGAGGGCCCCCUAAACCCUGCCCGCCUUGUGCCGUGGGCAUCUCGUCGCUUCGGUGCCCUUCGUUCAUUCCGAGCAGCUAUUCGGCUACGGGGGAAACAUUUUGGUGGUCCGGAAAAAAGACACAGAUCCCACAAGCAAAAAAUGACAUUUGUGCGUCCUUGCAAUUUGCAACAUUGUGGACCGUAGAGCGGAGUUCCCCACCUUUUCCAACUUUGGGGACUGGCACGGCGUGGGAGUCAAGGAUGGUUCUGUGUGAGUGGACAGCACGAGUAGACUGCAACCUCCUUUUCCGCAAGUCGCAGACAUGAACCUCCACCGCUCUCACUGAUAGUGCGCACAACCUCGCCCGCUGCUGCUGUGGCCGUUGUGAACAGAUCGCAGCUCGGUAGUGCGCCGUGGCCGUUGUGUUGGGGACCCCUGCCUUAGCGCAUUGAAUGACCUGAUUUACACCUAAUUUAUUCCGAUGGCCAGUCUCGGACGGCCCCGUUCUCCUUCUGCCUUUCGAGGUUUCGACAGUUGUGAACGACACAAUCCCGAUCUCUCAUAACCACGGUCGCAAAAGACAUACCACGCUUUGUGAAGGGCUGCCAUCCAGAGGCGGCUGACACAGAGUCGGGGGGGGGGGGAGUUUCCCGUCUGAAUCUCUCUCUCUCUUUUUUUUUGCAAAACAGCCAUUAUCGGGAUGACUUCUGGUUUUAAAUAAUAACGGAAACGCUGUUUUUAUUUGGGGGGGGGGUUUAGAAAAAUAAGAGUAGACAAAUCAUUUUAAUAGCGUCAUAAAGCAAAUAUAAAAUACGUUUUGUAAUCUUUUUUUCUUUGAUGUAAACAAUAAAAAAAAAUGGAAUUCUG